AUACAUAAAUAUAUAUAAAAAAAAAGAAAAAUAAACAACAUCAACUAAAAUGUCUUCGCUUCCGAGCGCAACAUGGAGAGAUCAGCUGCGGGAUGCGCUCAGCUCGCCCCUGGGCAUUUUGGCCUUGACGUGCAUCGUGGGCUACAUGGCCUACAUGCAUGUGCGACGGGAGUAUCCGACAUACGACGACGAGGACUAUGAGAAGGAGGGUCACGUCCAAAUUCCGGCGCCUCUACAAAAUCUUCGCAUAUCGAAGAAGAAACUGGAGCAGUACGAUUCGCAGAAUGCCAAGGCCCGAUAUCUGAUUGCACUGCAGGGCGUCAUAUACGAUGUAUCGUGUGCUCCGCACGACUUUGGGCCCAACGGCAGCUACGAAUCACUGUCCGGCACCGACAUCAUGUGGUUUAUCCGGAGUACAGCCCGCUUCGAGUCGCGCGACUUCAAUACCUACUUGGACGAGUGGAAAACGAUGCUGGAAGAUCAUUUCUAUGUCGCUGGCGUAUUGGUAUCGGAUAAUGAGCAGACCGAUUCGGAGCCGGAGGAAAGUUCACAGUAUGACUCAGCCAACGAGACUAAUGAGUGUGACGUCAAAGUUGAAGUGAAUGAGGGCUAUACCGCGAGCGACAAGGUGGACGACGGCAACAUGGUUAAAGUUAAGGUCAAUGAUUAUCUGGAGACGGGCGUGAAUGGAAAGUUCGAGGAAAACUCAAGUGAAGGCAAUUUGGAGGAUGCUGACAAUACUCUGAUCAACUAUUCGAUCGGGGACAAGACCAUCUCAACUAUGUCGACGGAACAAUUGUUUUAGAGCGUCCACCUUGAGUACCGUACCCGAUUGUAUUAAAUCAUAAAACAGAAA